UCGAUGGAUUUGCCAGCACUAUCAGCGGAGAUAAUAACAACAAAAAAAAAACACGGGGACAGAUGUGCACAUAUAUAGUUCGUAUUAUUUGCUUCGCCAAAAUGAAAUUGUGUGACGUCUAGUCCCUUAAAGGAGUCCACCACAUUUAAUCCUGUCCAAGCACGGGUACCCUCCAGGGCAACAGGUUUUAAACCAAAGAAUAAAGUGGCAAUAGUGUAACAAGCCCGAGCAAACCACAAAACGGGUGUCGUAAGGAGAUAUGCGCCAAGAAGGGAGUAGUCAAUGUCAGACGAUGACAACAGAGAUAAAGAUGGAGUCCCGUCCUCGUGCACGCCAUGGAUGUUACUUUUCUCUAGCCUUCUCCAUUGGUUCAAUGGGGCUGGCUUGCGGCAGUCUUUGGCAAAUUCCGAAUACCACCGACCGCAUCACACUGCAAAGAGGACUCUUUCUCACCUCCCUAGGAUUUAUAUAUUUUAUUUCGCUGACUGACUUCUGCAACAAAUACCUUGUCGAAACAAAAAGAGGUCAACAAUUCAGACGCAAGUAUCGCCUCAUGAUGUCUGAUGUUCUGGAAAUAACAAAUAAACUCGUCUCGGCCAUACAGGCAUUUUUUUCUUUUUUAGUCGGCCUUAUUGUAUGCAAAUCGACUUGCGCCAAGUCAUUUGUUUACGCAUCACACUUUCUAAUGGAGGCUUAUGGAUGGUUCGGCACCGCCUACUUUAUGUAUGACAUUUGGUCGAUGUACAAAGUGCACACGCAGAAAAUCGCAGAUAAAUUGCAUCAAUUGCGGUUGACGAAAUCUCAGCUACUAAGCAAUGGUCAUGGCAGUAAAUGCUACUAUGAUACCACAACGGAUACCGGAACAUGUAGAGGAGACGGAAAAGUUGGCGGAAAUAAUAACGGCAGUGUUCCAGUUACACCCCAUGAAAUUUGUGAUUAUGAUGGAGCUUACGUGCAAAUGCCAAAAGAUGGACGCUGGGACUUUUUAAAAUAUGUGUUGACUCAUCCAGUAAUGAUGAUACAUCAUGUGUUUAUUGGCACUUUCGGUCUGUUGGUAGUUACGUACAUUAGAGGCGGUGGGCAUUGCAUAUACAGUUAUAUGUUUAUGAUGGAGUUCUCCACUCCGUUUGUCUCAUUACGUAGCAUACUAAGCACGAUGCGCCUAAAGGACUCGCCGGCAUAUAUUGCCAACGGUUUGCUUAUGUUAGCAACUUUUUUUGUCUGUCGCGUUUGCAUGUGGCCCUAUGUGAUGUGGCGCUAUAGUAUGGCCAUUGAUGCCGUUUCCAUUUGGUCAGCCAUGUCUGGAUUACCACGUGGUUGUCUCAUCAGUAUUGCCAUUCUUUUCUUGCCGCAGCUAUACUGGUUCUAUUUAAUGGUGAUAGGGGCGAUAAAGGUGUUCUUACCCAAGCAAAAGCUUGCUCCCUUCACCAGCAUCCCCAAAAAUACAUUUACGGCCAAAUCCAUGCCCACCACAAAUAUUGCCAAUGGAAACAGCAAAACCUAGAGCAAAUUGUAAUUAGUUUUUGUUAAGCAGGAGUUUCCCUGAAUAAAACACCUUUAACGUUA